AUGAAGUACGCUUACGCUCUCGCUGCCCUGGCCGCUGUCGUCGCCGCUCAGGUUGACCCUACCAUCAUCCCCGAGUGCGCUCGCAAGUGCUUGCAGGACGCCACUGCCUCGGCCACCAGCUGCAAGGAUGGCGACUACGUAUGCACCUGCCAGCCCGCCAACAAGUCAGCCAUUCAGGCCGCCGCCACUAGCUGCGUCGUCGGAGCCUGCGGUGCAGACGUUGCUCUGAACCAGGUCCUUCCCGCCUCUGACAAGCUUUGCGCCGCCGCUUCGUCUGGGUCUGGCAUGUCCGCCUCGGUCUCCGCCUCCUCGGCCGCCUCUGCUGCUUCCUCAGUCCCCCCAGCCAGCAUGCCCACCGUUGCCAGCACCACGGCCGUGACCGUCACUGCCUCCUCCUCUGCCAGCAGCGUUGUCGUCACGUCGACCCGCGCCAGCAACGGCACCGCCUCUGCCUCUGGUACCGCUUCCGGUACCGCUGCCGCCACCACCUCCGCCGUUCAGGCUGGCGCUGCAGGCCUUGCCCCUAUCGGUGGUCUUGCCAUGCUCGUGCUCGGUGCUCUUGCCAUCUAA